CCAGCCGAGCGCGGAUCGUUUAACCGUCGCGUAUACUCUUUUAUACCUACUCUCCGCUCUUCGAUCGUUACAUCUGUGUAUACACUUACCUUGCCGAUUUUUCAUUCAAAUCAGUCGUCGGCUUCAAGUGAGCUUCCAAGCCUUUUUUUUCCUGGGUCUACAGCUAGCAAAAUGAAGCCAAUGCAGACUACAGUUCUGCUGGUCGCGCUGUGUGCCACUUCGGCGGUGGCGAUGCUGCCCAACGUAUUUUACGGCUCGAAGGUACUCAGUGGAGCAACCAGUUGUGAUAGCCACACAUGCGGCCAGAACGCCAGGUGUACGAUGAGCGAGGGCCGGCCGGUUUGUUCGUGCUUGAAUCUGUACGAUGGCGAUCCUCUUACGAGGUGCGAGCGUGUCGAAUGCAUCAUAAACGAGGAUUGCAUUGGAAGCCGCACCUGCAGCGGGAACCGAUGCAUCGAUCCGUGUACCUACGCCUGCGGCACAAACGCGCUCUGCCAGACGAUCAACCACAUACCGGUGUGCAACUGUCCUCCAGGUCACACGGGCAAUCCUCUGCACGAUUGCGUCUACGACCCUGAGGCGCCGUGCAAGAGCCCAAAUCCUUGUGGGGCCAACACCAAGUGCGAAGUCAAGAACGGCGUGGCGGUGUGCUCUUGUUUGUCGGGAUACCGAGAACGUCCUCUCGAGGGCUGCCGUCACGAGUGCGAGUCCGACUUUGACUGUCCCCAGCACCAGCACUGCUCGAAGGACUUUCGCUGCGAGAGCCCGUGCGCCUCCGUAUGCGCCGAGAGCGCCGAGUGCAACGUCAUCAACCACCGAGCCAACUGUGCCUGUCCCAAGAAUUGGCUGGGUAACCCCCUCAUAUCCUGUCAGCCCGAGUGCACCCAGCACUCCAACUGUCCUGCCGGCAAGCCUGCCUGCCUCUAUCAGAAAUGCGUCGAUCCUUGCGAGGGCACCUGCGGCACCAACGCCAAUUGCGAGCUCCGCGACGUAACGCCCGUCUGCAGUUGUCCCAGGGACAAAACUGGCGACCCCUUCGUUUUCUGUCGGCCCUUCACCGAUGAGGACCUGUUCAGCGGGAAUCCGUGCGGUGCCAACGCCGAGUGCCGACCGGGCCAUGACAACACGGGUAAGAAGCGCCCGGUGUGCAGGUGUCCCCACGGCUAUGUUGGAAACGCGCUAAUCAGCUGUAAGAGGGGCGAGUGCUUGUCCAACAACGAGUGCCCGGACAAUCAGGCGUGCAUCAACUUUGCCUGUCAGAACCCGUGCACGGGCCGUGAGUGCGGUUUAAAUGCCAAUUGUACACCUAGAAGACACAUUGCAGUGUGCCAGUGCGCCGAGGGUUACCCCGAGGGGACGCACUCUUCUCCUGCAAUCCCAUCGAGGGUGGCCGUGCAGCCAACUACUACGGUCGCUACGCGCGCUACUGAUUCUUAUUUUUAUUCCGA